AUGCGUGGUAAGAAGUUGUUUGCUUCAGGUCGGUCAAAGGGUAGUGGCGUCUGGGGUUUGCUAUCUCAUCUGGUGGAAAUAUAUGUCAUCGUGCAUCUAAGUUGCAAUCGCGUUCGUGUGACCAAUUCCAUUACGUUGAUACCAAAAGCAUCAGUCUCGGAAAGUAGCGACGCCGCCUUUUCCUUGAAGCCUUCGGCUGCAUCUUUGGGAACAGACUCAACACCAACAAUCGUGGCUCUAAGCUCCCAAGUGUGUGUGAUGACGGACCUAGAUGAUGUCGUGCUGCUACAGGGAGAUUUAUGUGUCCUGAGCGUGUUGAUAGCGUGUCCCGGACUGAAUCUAAAUGACGAUCUAUUGUUGCAGUGGGUGAGCUGGUUGAACGUACAGUGUAAGAUUGACGAGGUUCAAAAGCCUGUGAACGUUCAUGCUGUCUGCAAAGACCACCACAACUAG